AGAAGAUCUUUGUGCUUGUAUGGUUGAACUACAGGGCCCUUUAGGUCCCUUUAACUUUUAAUAUUCUGCAAUGUACUUUCCUGCAAUGAAAUUCUGUGCUUCUCUAAAUUUCAGAUCUGUGGUUGGUUAACUAAGUUAAAGUCUAGUAUGUCUCAGAUUGCAAAAUCCUAAUUCCUUUAUAGUACAAGUAUCAUCCUAUUACGCAGUUACAGAUUGUAAUCACCCUCCAAUUGGUCAUCUCCAGUGUGAUUGCCAAGAAGUAUAAAAUGAAAGAAUAAUAAGGGAGUAACACAUGUCCAUUACUAUAAAAGGAAAGCAAUUCAAAGUGUAUUGUGUGCUGUGGAGAGGUCCACUAUCCUCUUCCUAUUUGAAGGGCAUUGCAUAAUUUUAUAGGAGUAGAAAACUUGCCUCGGCCUCUUUGAGGGCUGCUAUAUCAUGUUGCUCUUUCAUCUUGAGGGCUUGGAAACAUUAUCUGGGGAAAAGUCCUGGAAGGCAUCAGGGAGAGAGCAAGGAGAACCAAUUGACAGCCAUGGACAGACAAGGUGGGCAAAAUAACUUCCAGUAUGCUUCUGGAACAUAUCAAGGCCCUCCACAACAAUAUGGUUAUCCAAGUCCUGGGCCUGUUGGCUUUCCUAACUAUCAGCAACCCGCUGCCUCUUUUAAUCCACCACAGCCUGGUAUGCCUGGAUUGUCACAAUGGGUUCCACCACCACAACCAAUGAAUUGUCCACCUGGACUGGAAUAUUUAACUCAGAUUGACCAAUUAGUAAUCCACCAGCAAGUUGAAAUUCUGGAAGCACUUAUAGGUUUUGAAACCAACAACAAAUAUGAAAUUAAAAAUAGCUUGGGACAGAGAGUUUACUUUGCAGUGGAGGAAAAUGACUGCUGUACUCGAAACUGUUUGGGCAACUUAAGACCCUUCGUUAUAAAGAUUCUGGACAAUUCUGGCAGAGAAGUGAUAAAUUUUGAGAGACCUUUCAGAUGUGUUUCCUGUUGUUUUCCCUGUUGUCUCCAGGAGUUGGAAAUACAAUCUCCUCCUGGUGUACCGAUAGGUUAUGUUACCCAAAACUGGCAUCCUUUUCUGCCCAAGUUUACAGUUCUAAAUGAGCAUCGUCAGGAGGUGCUGAAAAUCACUGGCCCAUGUAUCGUUUGCAGAUGUUGCUCAGACAUUGAUUUUGAGAUAAAAUCUCUUAAUGAAGAGACUACAGUUGGAAAAAUUACAAAACAAUGGACAGGAGUAAUAAAAGAAAUGUUUACGGAUGCUGAUAACUUUUCAAUUCAGUUUCCAUUAGACCUUGAUGUGAAAAUGAAGGCUGUGAUGUUGGGUGCUUGUUUUCUCAUUGACUUCAUGUUUUUUGAAAGAAGUGGGGACUCUAAUACUGAAAGAGGAGGAGUGUGGCAAUAAUUGGAUGAAUUUAUCUUCGGAUUUGUUUAAAGAGUGUUUUGGGACAUCUGAAUUGGAAAUAUGAUGGAAUUUUUAAAAUUUAACUCAAAAAGUGUACUAAUAAUUGAGAUCUAUAAAUAACAACACAGGCAACUUUAUUAUAAAAAUUUUUUUUUCAAAUUAUAGAAUAUUGCCUUCCUUAGUUUCCUCAUCUGUAAAAUGGGGAAUUGGACAAAAUUAGCAUUAAGGUGCCUUUCAGCUCUAGAUUUAUGACCCUUUGAUCAUAUAAGUGACUUGCAAAAAUAUAAUAAAUCUGUUUUGAAUAUAGAAUACUUGUUUUGAGGUCAGUAUGCAAGUUAUGGUUGACAUUUAGAUAAAAGUGACUACUAUGUAUAUAAAAUGAUUAUGAGCUAUAGUCUUUUUCUAUGAAAAAAGUUGGUUCUUUAAAAAGUUUUCUGUAUAACUUAUAGCUAGCUGAAAAUUUCAUACAUAAUUCAUUUUACAAGCACUAAUGCAGUUUGGAAAAUAUAUAAAUAAAAUAAAACAUAGCAGCAUUUAUUGACAAAUAUUAAAAAAACAAUAUUUAAUUAUCUGAUCUCUGAGGUAGCUAUUGUGACUUCAGUGCCCUUUUCCAAAAAGGAAAAAAAAAAUACAACCCUCAAAAAAGCUUUAAGAAAUCACUUUAUUUUUAUGUCUUUUAUUAUAGAGAAAUGACUAUUUUUCUUAUUUAUAUUAAUUAUUGGUAGCUCCUUAAGAGAGAAGAACACUCUUUUGCUUUUUUUUUUUUCUUUUGAUCACUGGCAUUUAGCAGUCCUAGCACAUGAGCACAUGUCAUAAAUGUUUGUUGACCUAUGCACUAACAAUAAAGAAUACCUAGAGGUCUGGGGUGGGGAAGGAAGGGUGGGGUCUGAUCUGCUAAUUUUUCUUAACUGAGGGCAAUUUUUUUAUAUGAUCAUUUCCUCAUUCAUAUUGAAAUUAUCAUGCCAUUCACAAGUAUUUACAUGUAACUCUGUGUUCAAUUCCAGUUAAUUUUCUGCUGUGUGAAUUAAAUUGUAAAGAUUAUCUUACAAUAAAUAAACUCAACGAAUGCCAUUUUUUACAACGAA